GCAGAAUGGGGCUCUCAUGCAAGCAGUAUGUUUAUCUCAUAAUAAAUUUGAAAAAAAAAAAAAAAAAAAAAAAAACGUGUCGCGCAUGAAUGACCUUGGACGCAGGUUCCCCGCACAAGUGGGCUUGAAGCCCCGAUUAUGGAGCUCACAGGCCAUUCUAGCGAAGUUUUUACCGUGAGGUUCGACCCCACAGCACAGCAUAUCGCAUCGGGUUCGAUGGAUCGAUCCAUAUUACUCUGGAAUACCUACGGACAGUGCGAAAAUUACGGAAUUCUAUCCGGCCACCGAGGCGCGAUCCUUGACCUUCAAUGGUCCCGAGACUCCAAGACAAUUUUCUCUGCGUCGGCCGAUAUGACACUGGCAAGCUGGGAUUUAGAAUCUGGACAGAGAAUCCGGCGCUACCUUGGGCAUGAGGAGGUUAUCAAUUGCCUCGAAAUCAGCAAGAGAGGGCAGGAGAUGCUGGUCAGCGCGAGUGACGAUGGUACGAUAGGAAUUUGGGAUCCCCGACAGAAAGACCCCCUAGAGUACUUGGAAACAGAGCUGCCGAUUACAGCGGUAGCUCUAUCGGAAGCAGGAAACGAAAUAUAUAGUGGAGGCAUUGAUAAUACCAUCCACGUUUGGGACAUUCGAAAGAAGGCCGUUGUUUAUUCCAUGGCUGGGCAUACGGACACAAUUACCUCUCUUGAAAUCUCGCCUGAUUCGCAAACUCUUCUCUCUAAUUCCCAUGACUCAACAGUACGCACAUGGGAUAUCCGGCCAUUCGCACCGACAAAUCGUCACAUCAGGACAUAUGAUGGUGCUCCUGUCGGACUGGAAAAAAAUCUUAUUCGCGCGAGCUGGAACCAGGCGGGUGAUAAGAUUGCUGCCGGUAGUGGGGACAGGAGUGUGGUGGUCUGGGACUUUAAGACCGGAAAACUGCUGUACAAACUUCCGGGCCACAAGGGUACAGUUAAUGAUGUGCGGUUUUCGCCAAACAACGAGCCUAUCAUUGUUUCUGGGUCAUCGGACCGAACGCUUAUGUUGGGUGAAUUAGGCAAAUGAUGAUGCCUAAACAAAAGAAGAUUUUACUGAUGAUACCACAAAUGAUUACGCAUAUUGCUCCGUACCGGUGGCGAAAUUUAUGUUUUGACAACUGGAAAAAGCCCCUGUAGCCCCAGGGAGGCCGGGAUUGUGUGGAUUGCGUUAUCAUGACUAGCGCGGAUAAGCGAUUUUCU